GUUUGCCAAGAUUGAGAUCAGUGCCUCCAAGCCUAUCAUCCCAUUCAGAGAGACCGUGAUCAGACCACCCAAAGUGGACAUGGUCAAUGAAGACCUGGGAAAACAACAGAAGGUGGCGGUGAUCCAUCAGGUGAAAGAGUCAGACACCCUGCACCUGGACCCCAGCGGCCUGGUGACUCUCACCACCCCCAACAGACAGGCCACCGUGGGGGUACGGGCCAUACCACUACCCGAAGAGGUGACUCUUCUACUGGAGGGUAGUGCUGACUUGAUCCGGACCCUGGAGCAGGCAGGUCAGGCCCAGAGGGAGGGGAGGACCCUGGACAUGAGUACCUGGACCCUAGAUGCCCUGAUGGUGCUGAAGAGCAGGCUGGAGGUCCUGCUGCAGGGGAGGAAGUGGAGGAACGCUGUGGACCGGAUAUGGGCCUUUGGACCACGCAGGUAUGGACCAAACAUCCUCCUUAACAGCGUAGAGGGGUACCAGAGACCAUCCGUGUGGCACUGCCUCGAACGAGAGAAAGGAGAGAAAGAGGGAGGGGCGAAAGCUGAGGCCAGCGCCAUCCGAGACUUUGACAACAGCGUUGUCAGCGGUUUCCAGCUUGCCACCCUCUCUGGUCCAAUGUGCGAGGAGCCCCUCAUGGGCGUCUGCUUCUCUGUGGAGAGAUGGGACAUGAACUUCCCCACCCAGCGCACCCACCUGGACUCUGUGACUGAAGAAGACUCCAACUCCCUUGAUGCAUCUGUUUCCGAAAGCCCCGGUGAGCCAGGGAGACGCAGGGCGGAGGUUGUGGCCGGGCUAGUGGACUGCUACGGGCCGUUCUCUGGCCAGCUCAUAGCUGCUGUGAAGGAGGCUUGUCGGCACGCGUUCCAGGCCAAACCUCAGAGACUCAUGGCUGCUAUGUACACCUGUGAAAUCAUGGCUACAGCAGAGGUGUUAGGUCGUGUGUACGGGGUCCUGGGGAAGAGGGAGGGCCGAGUGUUACAGGAGGAGAUGAAGGAGGGGACGGAGAUGUUCAUCAUCAAGGCCGUCCUUCCUGUGGCCGAGAGCUUCGGAUUCGCUGAUGAGAUACGCAAGAGAACCAGUGGAUUGGCUAGUCCACAACUGAUAUUCAGCCACUGGGAGGUGAUCUCCAGUGAUCCGUCCUGGGUUCCUACCACAGAAGAGGAGUACCUCCACUUUGGAGAGAAGGCUGAUUCCGCCAAUCAGGCUCUGAAAUACAUGAACGGUGUUCGGCGGCGUAAAGGUCUGUACGUGGAGGAGAAGAUAGUGGAGCACGGCGAGAAACAGAGAACACUGAGCAAGAACAAAUAGGCCUGUGUGUGUGUUUCCUGAUUGACUCCUACCAACACACACCCGAGACAGACAUCAUAAAGAGCAUCCAGUAGAUCCUGUCCCCCAUCGUCCACCAUCAUCACCCCUCUAACUGUCACUCAAAAUGAGCCACUGAUGCUUUUAUAUUACGGAGCAGUUUUGCUGAAAACCUUCGAAAACGUUUUUUAGUCCAGAACUAGACUUAAUCUGUGUCUAGGAAACGGGCCCAAUGGGUUUUAAUAGCUGGACAUGCAGCUGUGUCUUUACCCGGGAGAACCCCUUCCAGCUAUGCAUAAUUGACAAGUGUUCCCGUUCAAAUCCAGUUUUUCUGUUAAGUGAAGUGGCUUGAAUUCAUUUCUGCUCUCAACCUAAUUGAAUUGCAGUACCCAGCCCCCUGAAGAGCAGCAUUUCAUUUGGAAAAACAGAAAUAUGAUGCAAAGUGGGAUUGUACGUUUUUUAAUUAUUUGGGGACAGCGCUAGCGAGCUAUAGCCUUGUUGAUGUGCUAUGUUGAGAGCUCUGGAUAAGGUAUCUGUGUACAAGACAUAAAGCAAAAUGUACAGUAUUUACCAGAAAGCAAUAAAGAAGGAAAAUGGUG